AUGAAGUAUCCCGAUUGUAAAAAAAUGCCCGAAGACGAAUUAUGUUGUCUAUCAAGGAUAAUAGUCACCUUAUUCUGUAAUCAACCUAAAUCGAAAAUACAUGUUCCACCUUUACCGACCGAGUGUAUGCAACAAAUCCUUCAACAUAUAGCAGAUCAAGGUGUAGGAUCAUUAUACCCAUUCUUGUUGGUUAAUCGAUAUUGGUGUAAUAAUGUUAUACCUUUUUUAUGGGCUCGACCAUUUGAAGGAACAUUAACACCAGAAAAUCGAUAUAAAUCCAUGUUGAUUUAUUUAUCAUCUCUUACUGCUCAAGAAAAAACCGCAUUGAAUGUUUCUUUAAAACCUUAUAACAUUACAAUUCCCGAUCUAGCCCCACCUUUAUAUAAUUACCCAGUGUUCUUGGAAGAAUUUUCAUAUAAAAACGUUGAGACAGCAGUAUAUUCAUGUAUAUGUCGAUGGAAUACCGAAGAUUUUGUAGCUCGCAAUAGAGAAGAACAAAUACUUGUUUUAGCAUCCACAUUAUGUCAAUUAUUCAUGAGAAAUUCUAAAAGUUUAAAAACUUUUAUAAUAGAUAAAUUUCUAAAUCAUUCCGAUUUACCAGAUUGUUCUAUAUUCAGUUCCGGACAACCUGGGUUAAGAAACAUUUCUAAUCUUACUAUCGAUUGCACAAAACCAAUGAUGGAAAAUACAAUUCGUUUAUUAGAAUUGAUUCCAUUUUUGUGUAAAAAUAUUCAUUGUUUAGAUGUUAAACUUUUAUUUUUUGAAAAUAAUACAGAGGUAAUACAAGCAAUUAUAAAAAUAAUUAGGGCUCAAGAAAGUUUGACUGAAUUUAAACUCGAUGGCGUAAAAAGUGGAGAAUCCAGAGAUAUUAUCCAAGCUCUACAAUGUCAAUCAUCAUCCAUAGCCACCAUAAAAUUUGAAAAUGUUGAUUUAACCACUGAUUCUUUGAGAUUACUCGCGUUAUGUCAACAACUUCGAAAUUUAUCAUUAAUACAAUAUAGAGGAUUAACCAUGGAAGAAAGUGUAUGGAAUCACAUAAAAUUUGAUUUAAGAAAAUUACGUUUAAAAAAUUCCGCUAGAUCUCCAUUAAUACCAGCGGCAUUAAUUCGAGCUGCAGGAGAACACUUGAGAUAUUUAAGUUACGAUAUAAUAACUAGAGAAACAAUAGAAGCCACGACUCUAUAUUGUCCUAACCUAACUGAACUAGAACUUUCGGAUUAUUUACCACAACAUGAUUCUCUUUUAUAUUUAUUAUUUAAAGGACUUCAUCAAAUCAAACGACUUACCAUAGCAUCAGUACAUAAUAAUGCAAGUAGAUAUAUGAUCAUUUCUGGAAGAGAAUUACCUACAACUUUGGAAUAUUUAAAAUUACAAUGUGGACCCUCAAUACAAAUAGAAAAUUUAUUAGAAGAUUGUGAGGCUCCUUUGAGAGUUUUAAUCUUAGAUGAUGCAGUAAAUUUAAAUUUUGCAGAUUUAAAGGUUAUUUCGAAAUUUGUGAAAAUCAAACGAACGUUAAGAUAUUUAGGAAUUGGUGGAAGGAUAUCAUGGAAUGGUAAAGAAAAAAAUGAAUUGGAAAUGUUAAAGAAACGUGGAGUUAAGAUUAUUCCUUGGUUUGAAAUUGAUAAGUGGUAA